AUGUCUAGUUCUAUUUUCAGAGUUCUCAGAAACGUCAAGCGCGUCGGAUUUAAGAAUGCCCUCAAGCAGAUGAACGGUAUUGGUGAUAUCAAGUCAGGCCGUCUUGUAGGCGUUGAUGCUUACGGCAACAAGUUUUUCGAAAACGAUACAGAAGACGAAAUUCACAUGCGAACACGAUGGGUCGAGUACAAGGAUUACUACGGCAAUAUGAGCACAGUCGAGGCUGGCUGGCACUUUUGGCUUGGUUACGGUGUCGACACUCCUCCUAACCAAACUUCAGAAGCUCACAAGACCAUUCGUGCUUAUCCAGAGCCCCCAACACUUAUUCAUGGCACUGGCAGUCCCGGUGCAUACGUUCCUUACAACACUGUGAAGCCAAAGAUUAAGAGCUGGGAGCCAGUUGUUGAGGCUAGAAAAUAA